CUCUCUCUCUCUCUCUCUCUCUCUCUCUCUCCCGUUCCUAGCUAACCUAUCGCAGAGGCGUGUGCGCGCGCGCGUCUCUAUUAAUAAUGUUCUCUCGCCUCAUUCCCUCUCUUCUCUUCCUCGCUUUGUAACGCAAGCGAUGAGCGGGAGCUGGAGCGGGAGCGAUGGAGAACAAAACGAGAGAUAGUGACAAUAAAAAGGACGAGGACAAGGGCGAGAGGGCCGUACCCGUUUGCUGCGGCGAGGAAUUGGAGGGGGCCCCGUGCAAAGUGUCCUCCUCGUCGGCGCGUCGCCGGAGGGCGGCGCUCCGCCGCAUGAAAUCGGAAGCCCUAACGGGGUCCGCUAAGCGGCUGAGGAAUCGUGAGGCGAAGCCCGAUUCGCCGCCGCCGUCGUCGUCCUCGUCCUCCUCCUCCUCCUCGUCGCCGUCGUCGUCUUCGUCGUCGCCGACCUCGGCGGCGUCAGAUCCGGACGGGGAGGGCCCCGCCGUGGGGAUCCUGGCGGCGGCGGCGGCGGCCGGGAUAGGUUUCCCAAGCCUGUCGCACGGGGAGGUGUCGGUGAUCGGGCGGCGGAGGGAGAUGGAGGACGCGGUGACGGUGGCGCUGGGGUUCGCCGGGUCGCCGGAGGCGGCGGCGGGGUACGACUUCUUCGGGGUGUACGACGGUCACGGCGGGGCGCGGGUGGCUCAGGCGUGCCGGGAUCGGAUGCACGUCGUGCUCGCCGAGGAGGCGGCGAAGCGUCGCCGGCGGCGGAGGGCGACGCCGGUGAAGGGGGAAGAGGAGAUGGAGAUGGAGAUGGCGAUGGCGAUGGCGCUGGGAGAUGAUGAGGAGGAUGAGGAGCUGGGGAGGUGGAGGGCGGCGAUGGCGGCGAGCUUCGCGAGGGUGGACGGGGAGGUGUCGGAGGCGGCGGAGGGAGGGGGAUCGGGGGCGGCGGAGAAGACGGUGGGCUCCACGGCGGUGGUGGCCGUGGUGGGGGCGCGGCGCAUCGUCGUCGCCAACUGCGGCGACUCGAGGGCGGUGCUCUCCCGCGGCGGCGUCGCCGUCCCCCUCUCCUCGGACCACAAGCCUGAUAGACCAGAUGAGAUGGAGAGGGUGGAAGCAGCUGGUGGCAGGGUGAUCAACUGGAAUGGUUAUCGCGUCCUCGGAGUCCUAGCCACUUCUAGAUCAAUAGGCGACUACUAUCUCAAGCCGUACGUGAUAUCCGAGCCCGAGAUCAACGUUAUGGACCGGACGGACAAGGACGAGUUCCUCAUCUUGGCGACCGACGGGCUGUGGGACGUGGUGUCGAACGAAGUCGCGUGCAAGAUAACAAGAAACUGUCUUAGCGGGCGGAUGGCCGCGGCGUUCCCUGACGCCGUCAGCGGCCGCACCGCUGCCGACGCCGCCGCUCUUCUGGUGGAGCUGGCGAUGUCUCGCGGGAGUAAAGACAACAUUAGCGUGGUAGUCGUCGAGUUGAGAAGAUUACAUAACAAGUCUAGAUGAUUUAAAAAACGAAGCUUUCUCUAGGCUAUAUAUUUGUUCUUUUUACUUUUUGAGUGGAUUACUAAACGGGAAAUCCCAUGGUGGAGGGGCUCUAAUCGAUGUAUGAUACCAUUAACAGUGCUGAGCCGUGCAAGGAAUGGAAAGCUCUGGUUUAAGUUGUUUUCCGCAAUGUAUUGCUUGUCUUUGUUUUUAUUUGAUAUUAAUUUUUUAUUUUUAUGGA